AUGGAUCUGCGUAUAGUUCUCGACCGUCUUACGGAGGGUGUUGUGGAAGAGCCAACAGAUUCCAGUGAGAUGUCUGAUAACCCUGGGAAACACAAUGCCCCGUCUGCUCCAGCCCCAAAUGAUGGCCAGCCAAAUCCUGCGGAUGAGCAGCACAUUGUGGACGCUUUGGCGACUGUGCCCUGCACCUAUUCAUCUGCCUCUAGACUGUUUCGUUUGGUCAGCUAUGCAAUAGAACAGGCGGAACAAUUCUACACAAUGGAGGACCGAUGUUCGGAUGCCGUGGAACUGGUACAAAGUCGCAGCAGAGCUUAUCGUUUGUUGGCCGCGUUCGAACCAACUCGAACUCGUCAGUGUCGUAUGCACAAAAGACGGGUGGAUAUGCUGACACGGGUGCUGAAACCGUUAAGUCGACAGCACUAUCAACAUGUGUGUCGCCAACUUCUUUUCGAAUUGGCUGAGGCGUUGUCCACUCUCCGGGAUUUGAAACAGGAGGCACACGAUGAGGUAGAUCCACUUGCAGUAGUUAAUAUCUCGAAUGAUUCAUUCAUUUGCUUUCUUCUCACUGAUCUUUUUUGA